AUGUCCAAUCUAACUGUUAACUCGAACUCUGACUUUAUAAGUUCUAUUGAAAUUGCCAUUUCGGAAUAUUUUAAAAAUAUAGCACCUUCUUCAUGGUCAUAUGAAAGCUUUCUUGUAACUAUGAAACCUUACAUUCUGUUGGAAGAUGAAAGAGAACUUUCGGCCAUCUGGCGAAAAAGAUUUCUUAAUGCUCUAAAAGUGAUUAUCACCAAUUAUAAAGAAAAUGUUGAACCCAGCAAGCAAGUUCAGCAGAUUGCAUCAUUGUUAACAAAUCAGAAACAAACAGCUAAUGUUGCAAAAUUCUGGAGGAAUAUUGUUCAAGAGAAAAACAAGGCAAAAGUAGAAGAAAAACUUCGAUAUACACAGUUUAUCUUCAAAGAAAACUCUAAGAUAGAUGCUUUAAAAAUAUUAACAAGUGCAAGGACACAACAAACAGCCCAAUUGAGUGGUGAAAUUAAUCUUAAUAAACAGACAAUUAGUAACGAUGAUAUUGGUAUAUAUGGUUCAGAUAGCAUUAUUGAGAUCGAUAUUAACACUUCCUGUUUUGAUAAAUCAGUAAUUCCGGAAAAAAGAACAAAUCAGGAGUAUGUGAAAAACAUAUUUGAUGAUGAUGAUAAUAAUAAAAUAAAGUGUUCUAAAACAGUGAACAAAAUUAAUCUUGAACAUGUAAAAUAUGAUCCUAAAAGUGAUAUAGUUGAUUUACGACCUAAAUCGAAAUUUUUUAAACAAUUAUCAUUUGAAGAUGUUCAAAAUUAUCAUAAAGAAAUUGAUGAAAUCACUGAAAAAUUGAUUCCUGAUCAUAUUCACAAUUUUCUUAUUGAUUUUUUCUCUCAAAAACUUUCAGAAGCGGAGUGGCAAAACAAAAUUGAUGAUCUUUGUCCACCAAAUCAUGACGAUAGUUUACUUGUUGCAACAACAAGAAUAAUACGAAGAACAUUGCCACAGUUCAUUAAAACAUUCGCACUUGGAGCAUUUAAUCCAUUGUUAAACAUUAAAUCAAUUGAAAAACCACAUUUGAAUGCUUUUGUACACCCAUGUCUAGAUGCUGCACUCUGGUACAUUGCUCGGAUAAAUUAUGAAUAUGGGGAAAUUCCUUCACAAAAUCAUGUAACUCGUAAUUUGGCAGAUGGUGUAGGUUACAUGACGAGUGCAGAUAAAUUUCAAUUAGUUUAUGUAGAAGGUGCAAGUCCCGUGGCAAAAGAGGACAAAGAAAUAGCAGAUGCAGAAAAAAUCGCAAAAGAUUUAAGGAAUAUGUUCAAUAACAUAGUAAAGAAUUCUUUUAAUAACAGGAAGUGUAUCCCAGAAAGUUUGAGAGUCUUUGGUGGACAAAGCUUCAGAUUACAGAUAUAUCUCUUCUAUUUAGAUUUCCAUGACAAAUAUCACCUACAUGAAGUAGAAAAUGCAAACCUUCCAAGGGACUUUUCGGAGAUUGAGGAUUUUGUUCCUUUUUACGAGUGCAUACUAAAAUGGGCGUUACUUGUGAAAGAAAUGACAGAGAAAUUCGAAAUUUCAAGAAAAAAUAAAAGACCAUCACGUAAUUCAUAUUCAAGAAAUGUUCGUUUAUUUGAAAAAUUACAAAAAAAUUCUUUUUAA